AUGUUGACGUCGGGCCCCACGUGUGUGUGCGCAGAGGCGCGGCGGCGGCUGGCCGAGUGGCGCGAGUUCAGCGUGGAGGCGCCGUGGCGGGCCGCGGUGGUGCAGCGGCGCGCGCGGCGGCUGCUGCGGCUGCGCGCGCGUAUAGGCCCCCCGCACGCAACAGAUUUUCGUGGCUUUGAGAGUUCACAGCUAGAUAUAGGAGGUUUCGGGGGCUGGAGCCGCGAGGAGGUGGCGGAGGCGGCGGGGGCGGCGGUGGAGGCGGCGGUUGCGGCGGUAGCGGCGGGUGCGUUGGCAGAGACGACGGGGGCGGCGGAGGGCGCGGGGGCGGACAGCGACGACGACGGGUUCUUCGAGCAGAGCUCCCUCGGGGACUCCGACACUUCCCGCAUCGACGACACCAUCCUCCUCCCCCCCACCACCGCCAACACGCCCUCCGGCGGCAUCGACGAUUCGUACCUCGACGUGUACGUGUGCGUGGGCGUGUCCCUGCAGGUGUCGUGGCAGGCGGACGUGGCGGCGCGCGCGGCGGCGGCGGCGGCGCGCGCGCUCGACGUGCGGGCGGAGGCGGCGCGCGUGCUGCGGGCCCUGCCGCGUGCGGGCGCGCCCGCAGCCGCCGCCACUCUGCUGCGGGACACCGCGCGCCACCCGCACGAGGCGAACGCGGGCAACGUGGAGAUAGUGCCGGGCCCCCCCCUCACGCUGGACUCGUUCUCGGUGCGCCUCGUCACCGCCGACCCGCGCCUCUACUGCGCCGCCCCCGCCCCCGACCCCGGCCCCGGCCCCUCGCCCCGGUGA